CAACACGACCUUUUCGACGGGGGCUUCGGCGGGGGCGCCGGCGUGGAGACCGGAGGCAAACUGCUGGUGUCCAACCUGGGCUUCGAAGUGUCCUACGCGGACAUCCAGGAGCUGUUUGCGGACUGCGGGACUCUGAAGAAGGCCGCCCUGCACUACGACCGCUCUGGCCGCAGCCUGGGAACGGCCCACGUGCACUUUGAGCGGAAGGCAGACGCCCUGACAGCCAUGCAGCAGUACCACGGUGUCCCUUUGGAUGGCCGCCCCAUGAACAUCCAGCUCGUCACCUCACAGGGAGACACGCAGCGCAGGCCGGGACCCAGUGUCAACAGAGGCGGGAGGACUAGGAACCGAGGAUCUGGAGGCUUCGGUGGCGGCACCGACACCUGGAGCGCCCGCGGAGGCAGCCGGGGCAGAGGCAGGGGCACCGGCCGGAGUUCAAAGCAGCAGAUCUCUGCGGAGGAGCUGGAUGCCCAGCUGGACGCUUACAACUCGGAGAGGGACACCAGCUAA